AUGAACACGGAGGAGACCAACGUGGACCUGAAGGAGGCUCAGACCGGAGACCCGGACCCGGAGGAGGCUCAGACCAGAGACCCGGACCCGGAGGAGGAGGCGCAGGGUCCCGCUGCGGAUGCUGAUGCGACGGAGGCCGAUGUGAGCGAGGCGGAUCUGGACCAGGAGGAGCAGGAGAAGCAGCCGAUGACUGGAGGAGGAGGAGGAGGAGGAGGAGGAGGAGGAGGAGACCGGGCCGAGGAUGCUCCGUCUGCAGGCGGAGGAGACGCAGAGUCGGCCGAGGUGGAGAAGAACGGCUCCGUGAAGCUGAAGAUGGAGGAGGAGGAGCAGGAGGAGAAGGAGGAGAAGGAGGAGAAGGAGGUGGUGAAGUUCACCGGGCUGAACAAAGAGGAGCUGCUGAGGGUGGCCGGGACUCCGGGCUGGGUGAGGACCCGCUGGGCGUUGCUGGUGGUGUUCUGGUUGGGCUGGUUGGGUAUGUUGGGAGGAGCGGUGCUCAUCGUGCUGCAGGCUCCUCGCUGCAGAGACCUCCCGUCCACCAGCUGGUGGAACGCCGGCCCGCUGUACCAGAUAGGAGACAUCGCGGCCUUCAGCGACGCCCGAGACCUGAAGGGAGUGGAGCAGAAGGUGGGCAGUCUGUCCCGGAUGAAGGUCAGAGGUCUGGUAGUCGGUCCGAUCCACGUGUCUCCAGCAGACGACGCGAUGAGUCUGAGGUUCGAGGAGGUUUCCUCAGAGUCCGGAACCCUGGAUCAGUUCAGAGACCUGGUCCAGGCGGCUCACAAGAAGGGUAUUUCUGUGGUUCUGGAUCUGACUCCAAACUACCAGGGUUCAUCUGGACCCUGGUUCUCCAACAUCAGUGUGACCAACGUCGCUGAGAGGCUGAAGUCCGCUCUGGUCUUCUGGAUGAAACAAGGCGUUGAUGGCGUGCAGCUGUCGGGGGUGGAGCGGGUGGCCAGCAUGGUGCCGUCUCUGUGGACCGACAUCCGAGCCAUCAUCCAGAAUGGGACCGAGGACGAACCCAACAAGAGAGUCCUGAUCGGCGUCACCGAACACUCCUCGGCUGAAGAAGUGUCCAACCUCCUGAACUUCACCGGCGUCGACCUUCUGAUCUCCAGGGUCCUCAGCGCCGGCAGCACGGACGCCACAGAGUGCGUUCAGUCCGUCCAGCUGCUGUACUCGUCCCACAGCCAGCUCAGACUGGCCUGGAGCAUGGGGGGGCGGAGCCAGGGUCACCUGGCCUCGCUAGUGGAACCGGGUCUGGUCGAACUGCACCAGCUGCUGCUGCUCACGCUGCCGGGGACGCCGGUCUUCAACUACGGAGACGAGAUCGGCCUGAUGGACGAGGGCACCAAGUUUCCCAGAAUGCUUUGGGACUCUGACGAGGAGCUGAACGGGACUCUGAAGGAGGAGCGGGCGGAGCGUCUGUCCUACCUCCGGUUCUUCAGCGCUCUGAGCGAGCUCCGCGGUAAGGAGCGCUCCCUGCUGUUCGGAGACUUCCUGCUCCUCUCUAACUCCUCCUCCUCGCUGGCGUUCCUUCGCGUCUGGGAUCAGAGCGAGCGUUACCUGGCCGCCUUCAACUGGGCAUGGGAGGCGGUGGUUCUGCCGCUGAGCGACGCUGCGCUGCCUCAGCGUGCGGUGGUCGUCCUCAGCACCAACAGCAGCACCCUGCCGGCGGACAGCAGCGUGGACCUGAGCGAGCUACGACUCGGCCCCAGGCAGGCCGCGCUCCUCAGGUUUCCCUACGACGGAUAG